CCAAUCAAAGACUGCAGAACAGCGCUCAAAAUAAUCGGGUUGUAAGUUUCCUUCUCAACCCGAAGACUACCAUAUCCAGAGUUCCAAACCCUAGAAUUUGAAUUAGGGUUCGUUUUCUCUGGAAUUAUACCUUCCUCGAAAAAAAAAUAAGCAAAUUCUUCCAGAAUCAAAGCCUAAACUUCUUCAUCAGACGAUUAAGAUAAGCAUGGACGAUACUGAAGACGAUGCAAGGUACCCUCCAAAAUCCUAUUCUCUCAAUCGCCAGAGACAUCCUGUCUAUUCUCGCCAGAAUUAUAGUUAUCAACUGCAAGAAGAUGAAGAGUUCGAUGAAGAAAACGAAGACGUAGAGGAUGAAAUGGAAGAUGAUGCUGAUGAUCCGGACGUGUAUUACCGUGGGUACAAACAAAGCGAGCGUUUUGAGAGAUACCCAAAAAGGCAAAAGCUGAGGAAAUCGGUUUCCGGUUACCAGUUUGCAGUAGAUAGUGUCAAAUUGGCCAACGAUUGGGGGGAAAACGAAGUUUAUGUGUUGCUGGAGGUGUGGGGCGAUAGGUUCUUGCAACUUGGGAGGAGAAGCUUGAGGAAUGAGGAUUGGGUUGAUGUUUCUGAAAAAGUGAGUGAUGUUUUGAAGAGCGACAAAACAGAGUCGCAAUGUAGGCAGAUGGUUGAUGCUUUGAAAAGGAAGUUUAAGAAGGAGAAGUUGAAAGUGGACAAAUCGGGGGGGAAUUUGAGUAAAUGGGUGUUCUUUAGGAAAAUGGAAAUGUUGAUGGGAUUGGGGUCGUCAUCUUUUAGGCAGCAAGAAAGUGGUUUGGCCUGUGGAGUUGACUCGGGAGAGUUUGUGUUUAUGAAUACAGAGGUGUAUUUAGAUAGGUCUAAUGGUUUUGAUGAAAUGAGGGAUAGUCCAGCAGGUUCAGAGAUGGAUGAGGAUGAAGAGGAAGAGGAGGGUGGCAGUUCAAUUAGAAGAGAUGGGAAUGAUGAGACUUCGCUUAGGAUGCUAGCAGAUUCAGUGCAGAGGUUUGGAAGGAUAUAUGAGAAGAUUGAGAGUAGUAAAAAAGAGCAAAUGAAGGAACUGGAGAAGAUGAGGCUGGAUUUUCAAAGGGAAUUAGAGUUGCAGAAGAAGCACAUUUUGGAGAGGGCAGAGGCAGAAAUUGCAAAAAUAAGGGAAGAGGAGGAUGAUGAAGAGACAGAUGAAGUUGAUGAAGAUUAUGAAGAUGAUGAUGAUGAAGAUGAUGAUGAUGAUGAUGAUGGUGACAAUGACAAUGAUGAGGCUUCUACAGACAAUCACAGUGAAUAGUUUGUUGUUGAAGCAUUUCAAAGGAUGAUGAUGAUGUCUGAGCCAGCAAAAAGUACUCUGGAGAAAGGAUACCCUGCUUUCAGGAACCUAGCUUGCUGGGAGUGUAGCUGUUAGUGUGAGCUGUACUGCUCCUGGAAAUUUGAGGUUUUAUGUGAUCCGAUGGAUGUUUUGUAUUGUACUAAUAGUCAUUCAAACUUGUAGUCUGCCUUCUUUUGUACUAAAAUUUCUUCUUCUUCCUGUGUUGGCUAACUUUGCAUUUAUAGGCCUCAUUUGGGUGGUUAGCUUUGCUCUUUAAAAGAUUUCAUCCAAACAAGGGGAUGUAAUUCUGAUUCCAUAUCUAACAUCUUGAUUUCUGAUCUCAUCAAGGAUUUGUAUCCUUGCUUUCAAGACUUUA